AUGUCAUUCCCCAAUAUCACUCUGGAUGACACUUCUCCUUGGAUCGAUUAUACCGGUGGUUGGGAUACGAUACAUCAAGGUGAUCCUUUAGUAGCUAGAUAUUCGAAUAGUACAUUUCACGCAUCAAACGCAACUGGGGAUGUCGCUGUAUUCAAUUGGACUGGUGGUGCCAUUUGGCUAUUUGGUGCAUAUAGAUUAAAUCACGGAUUUUAUUCUGUAUCCCUCGAUGGGGCAGAAAAACAAUACACUAAUGGUCUUAGUUCCAAAGAUGUUUUUCAUCAAGUCCUAUAUACAAGUGGGGAUAUAACGAAUGGAUCACAUAAUAUAAUACUAACUAAUGAACAAGGAUAUCAAAAUACUGAUCCUACUUUAGGAUGGAUGGAUUUGGAUUAUAUUAUUGUUCAAGGUGAUCAAGAUCAAUUUGAUUCCAAAGCCAUUUCUCCAACUUCAGACAUGAUCACAACUGGAACUCCAAGGAUUCAAGCUGUAAUGCCUACAGGAACGCCGCAACCUAUACUCAUUUCCAGUGCCACUGGAGGGUCAAAGAUGGAGAUCGAAGGUUUACUAGGAAUCUGGCUUUUGACGUUUAGUGCAUAUGCGAACACGCAUUGGUGCAAGCUGACCAACUUGGUCUUCGGCUUUGAGUCACAAGUACGUGAGAUGUCGUCAGAUCGGACAGCUCCGAAGACUACCAUCCUUUAA